AAGAACACAGCUCAGUCCAACCCUGUUUGGAAGGUUUGAAAUCGAAUAGCUCGAGGUACCACUCCGGUAAAUCGAGAGAAAAAUACCGGAUUACCAACCGAAGUCUACAUGUAUAUAUCCUAAGGACAAGCAAAAAAAUGAGGGCCAGUAAGACCAGGCACCAAAUUUUCCAGGCUACACUUGAUCCUUAGCCAAUUUGAAUUGCCACCAACCUAUGACUGACAGUGAGGCUACGGGCCUGCCAUCAUUUCAAUGGGAAUCGACAACACACACGGACGAUCUUCAUUGAAAGGUCUUGGUCUCUACACCGAGUGAAUUAUUUACGCUUGUGUUCCGUACCAUCAUUCUGUCCUCGUUUUCUUCUUUUGCUUUUUUUUUCUUCCUCUUUUAUCUCCCCCUUCCCCUCCACUCCCUUGCCGAAUUAGAGCUGCUUGGCUGUCUUAAUGUGACCUUAGUGCAGGUCGGGUCGACUUCCUAUUGAAGGACUCGUCUAAAUACCAUACUGGGGCUUCAGUCACCAGAUUAAGAUUGGCUCGUGCUUGUGUUCCCAAGUGCCCUUCAGGGUGGGAUUGAUAAACGAGACAGAGAGGGACGGCCUGCGGAGAGUGUCAGCGCCAAUGGCAAUGCGGCAAGGUCAUGUUUGUCCUACGCGCGUUUGAGAGAUAUGCGCGGGUGCUUGCUUCUGGAUGAUUGCAUGUUUGCAUCUCGCUCCACGAUGGGUGCAUCAAGUAUCCAGCCAGCCCACUUGCUGAUCACCCCAAUUGUACCACUGUGCUGCGAAGACCCUUCGUAGGUAAAGUCAGCAAUGUUCUUGCUCGCCUUGAUUGUAGUUCAAUUGCCUAAGGUAGGUUUUCAUUGAAUACAAAAUGUGCUACCAGCCCUUCGAAAAAAAAAAAAAUUGGGAAGGAUGGAUCUGUUCUAUCUAGGUCUAGACACCGAGGCUUACUAUCACAAGGGCAUGCCCUUUGCUUCUUUCCCACUCUUGCGACGUACUUUGCAAGCCCACACUCCAGCUCUCGGCAAAGUUAUAACCGUAUACGGAUCUUGUUAUUAUUCUCGGCUCUGGUGGGCGUUCUAUCAAGGUUGCAUCGACGACAGAUAACUCAAACCCAUCACACCUAAAAACAAACAACCUCCUACGCCGAGGUACCUUCCCUACCUUACCCUGCCUAGGUACUUGCCCUCCCACUCUCUCAUAUCGGCGUGCUCACAGAAAAACAAAGACACACCACAUCCUCAACCGCACAAAUGCCACCUCGUUGAGGCAUAUAUAUGUUCAAGCCCUUCUAGCUACAGGUACCCUGUAACAAGAGAAAAGAUUCAAAAUUGUCACUGCAAGGUGCUAUCCUGGGCCGCGCUGCCCUUCCUCAAAGCAGCCGUCGCAAAGAAACUCCAAUGAGGGGGAUGAUAUGUCGGCAAUGCACCCCCCUUGGGUUCCCUCACAAAAUGACCAUCAUUCGACCAGCGACAACGAUCUAAUCUGCCAAGAUGAAAGCUUAGAAUUAUACACACCAACUGACUCUGUGUUGUACGCACCAUCUCCGCCGGCAGUGUUUUCGGGUAACUUUCCAACCUUGGCUUUACCAGAGGUGGACAUAUCUGCUGCCAAAGUCAACCCUGGACCGCCCGCCAUCCCACGUAGCAAUGAUACCAGCCUCGAUAGGCACUUCGGCGCCGGCCGUAGUCCUCAGCCACACCCCCGUCGUGUGCCGGGCAUAGGAUCCCGGAUUGCGACUUCGGCUUCCCUCGAUACGGCUUCUCGAGUGCGCAAAGAAUGCCGCCGACAGCAUAGCCAUCCUGCCAUCGCGAAGCUGUCACGACUUCCCUUGGUACGGAUCUUGGAUGCGCCGGAAUGCACAACCCAAGCAGUCGCAGAGAGCUUGACCGGAGGCCGUGGUUCAUUCCGGCGAGAAAUGGACUGGGAGGACUCGGAGCAUGAAAUGGUCUUGGACGAUGCUUCACCCGGAAGCAUAUCUCGGUGCUCCAGAUGGGAUGCGCCGAACUCGUGGUUCAUAUUCCCCUCUGAGCUUCGGAACCAGAUUUACGAGUACACAGUUCAACUGCCGACAUCACACGGACUGUAUGCCGAGUAUUACACACAGAUACGGGGAUGCCUUUCUCGCAAGUCGCAGGGCAGAUGCGGCAGCAGCAGUGACGACAAGACGGACCGGCAAGACGACGAGCCCUUCCCAACGUACAAGGCCAACCUCAGGACGCCGAGCAUCCUCCUCGUGUCGCGCGCCAUCACGGAUGAGUGCAUGUCCAUCCUCCACACCCGCACCUUCACCUUCGACCGCAUCCCGCCCUGGGUGCCCGGCGCGGCCGACCCGAUGCGCAUGUCCAGCUUCGUCGGGCGCGCGACGCUACAGAACCUGCGGCACGUCGACAUGCGCAUCGACCUCGGCCGCGGCCGCCACGGCAGCGCCUGGAUCUGGACCAAACUUGCCGAGGACCUGCUCGACGUGCUCGCCGCCUCGAGCCGGCUGCUGUCCCUUCGCGUCGUCCUCAAGCUGUUCCAGACACACAACCUCCGCCUCUGGGAGUUUGAGAGCGGGGAGCGCUACUGGUACAAACGCCUGCUCCACAAACUUGACUGGUUCAGGGCCAACCACUCGCAGGUCUGGUCGCCGCCUGCCAUAGCAGUCGAGUACUGGGAGAUCAUGGGCGAUUGGGUCUACCUGUUGGACCCUUCUGGUCGCAACCCUGUUGCGACGCUAGGCAGAGCUACCGAUCCAAAAUUGGUCCCCGGCUCCAUCACAGACUUUCUAACCCCCUGACCCUGAAUCUGAUGGUGGUGUUUUAAAGAGGUCGACUUUCACAUUCGUCCCAACACAGACGUUCCAGUAUCGUUUCUAUGCGGCUGCAACACGUCAACAACGGCACAAUUAUUGGUCCUGUUGCAUAGUCAAUCCUGUCUAACAUUGGCCGCGCAAUGGGACUGUCGGGGCAGUCCCUACAUGGAUCUUGCUAGCACCCAGGGGUUACUGGCAUAAGUGGUAUUUUUUUUUCCUAUCCCUCUCAUUAUCUCGUAACGACAUAUCCUAGCGAAUAGCAUAAUAUAGGCGUUUGAUUCCCACUGAACAUUGUCCAGACCCAAUCCCUGUAAUAUUAUAUGCCUUGACAUCAGAAGCUCUCAACCUAUGAAGAUUCCAUAGCUUCAAUAACGAAGAAAUAAACCCUAUUGUUCCAUCUCUUCAUCCUCAUCGGAAGCUUGAUUGUCUUGACGUCCCGACCGGAACCAUGUGCCGAAAUCAAGCUUCAUCAACAACCUAUCCACUCCGCCGACCCGGCGCGGGACGUACUCACCCAGCUCCAGGAGCGCCACGUCAUCGACGUCGCCGUCACCAUCGUGGCGCGCCUCUACGUCCCUCAACUCCUUGAUGCAUGCCUCGACGCCGGCCCUGACUCGCCGCUCAACGGCGACGAUCUCGUUGCGGAUGUCUGCCUCUUCGUGCUCGAGGUCGACAAAGGCGUCGAUGACGCCAGAGUCCACCUCGAGGUCCACGGACGUCCAUACGCCGUCCAGGCG